GAAGUCACUAUUGGUAUUUUUUAUUCUUAGUAGCUGUUGCUACUUCUGUGUCCUGUUCCUGUCUAUUUAUAACAUGACCAUGUGACAGACUUGAUACCACGCUUACCCUUGACCUAAUACAGAACAGCUGCUGUGUGGUUCUAGCUGUUAAUGUGCACUUUGUUUUCUACAGGCUCACAGGCUGGGAAGGGACUCAUUGUGGCUCUACAGGAGAGUCCUGCCAGUGUUCUGGAGCUGGUGGUCUGUUUCUUUUCAGUCUGGUCUAUACUGGGCCUCUCAGGGUUCCACACAUAUCUCGUCGCCUCAAACCUCACCACUAAUGAAGAUAUAAAAGGCUCCUGGUCAGGAAAGCGGGGAGCAGAAGACUUGGGGAAUCCCUACAGCUACAACAACAUUUUCAAGAACUGCUGUGCCGUGCUCUGUGGCCCCAUGCCGCCCAGCUUAAUUGACAGGAGAGGCUUUGUGCCGGCGGACAGCUCGCCCCCUGCAGCUCCCCCUGAAGCCGACCUCCCUCCGUUUGUGGCCAAAAACGACACCAACAUGCCGCAGUGGUGUCCCGGGCCAUCACAGCCUACAGCCAGCACACAGCGGGCAGCUGAGGGCAGCUCUGUGCGGCAGACUGAAAGACAGCCUCCUGAGACUGCUCUUGCCGGUGGCUCUUGUGCUCCCCAUGGAGUCCAGGGAGGAGAACUGCCAGGAAUUUGCGCUCUCUUGCACAGCCUGAUGGGAUAGUUGACUUUAGCGGCUUAGCGUGUAUCGCAGUCAGAGGGGAGCUGGUAAGAGCUGGCAGUGUUCGGAUGCAUGCCCUUCAUUGAUGCUCGUGCAUGGCUCUCAGUUUGCCACCUCUGAGACACUAGUCAGGGUAGCAGCUGCUCUCACACAGAGCUUCAGAAAAACCUCAGUACAGUCUUAGACUCUUGGGCAGAGCUGCAGUGUUUUUUUCAAAUGGCCCUUCUCCACCUGCACUGUACCCAGAUUCAGAAUUCCCUGAUUCACACCUUGAACAGAUCCUUUGGCUCAAAGACAUUUAAAUCUUCAGAAGCGAGGAAGCACUAAGCAAGAAGUCUGAUGGGUAUAAAGAGAAAGAUGUUUUUCUUGCGAAGCUCAAUAAAAUGAGUAUUCCCUCUUAUCAUUUUACUUUUUGUACCUGCUUUGAUACUAUAGUAUAAUUUCAUUACUUGAAUCCUUCUUUCACAAUAGUACAGAAUAGAAUAGUCCCAGGACAGUACUGUAAUCCAUUUUUGAUACUACAGUAAUAUUAAUAGAACAGAUGCUGGUUUUGAUGCCUUGACUUUCUCAUUGUUCUUUUAGCUUUUACAGAACUGUUUCAACAUUUUGUUAAAAUAUUUUGUUAGAAACGUGCCGUGGACAUGAAUGGCUGGAGUGGUGGCAGGGUUUGUUACUUACAAAGCUGUACCUCACGUACUGCAGAAGUCAGCACCGUGCAAUUUUGUGACAUUGUAGAUUCAGUGCUCUGUAAUGUUUUUGUGCUUUGUACCGAGGCUGUGCUUUGCACGUGCACUGGAAUGUCUGCAUGCUUUUCAUUUGCUCUUGACCACAGUCAUCGCUUCCACGCAAGAUUGUGCCACCUUUCCCAAGUGCUAGUUCUGUGUUCACUUGUAGAACGGAGGAUGCACUGCUCAGUCCACUAUGCCCAGUGACAGACUGGACAGGGCAGGUUGUGUUACUCUUUUUUUUUUUGCUAAAGCACUCAAUGGAUCAGUGCAUCUGCAAAAACAAAUCUAUCAAAAUAGAAGGUGCAAAUCUGAUCUUAUUGGAGGAAUGCAGCCAGAUGGAGUGCUUUAUUUCCGUAUAAAUGUGUUAUACUCCGUUUAAGCAAUGAACCAGAUUCCUCAUCCGCUUGCGUCCUAACGGAAGAUUUUAGAGAUCAGUGGUUUCACUGGUUGGCGCGUGUUGUCUGCCUGAGCUGAGGGGUGGUGCAGUUCAGCUGGGCCUCUGCAGUCAUCUUUUUGCCUUCUCUUCUCUUUCCUCGCACGCUGUCCCCUCCUCCUGCUCCCUCCAGUGCACACAGGGCACUCGAGACGCUAUAGAGACUGCCACUCGCGUGCCGCUACCCACGGGCCGCUGCUCGCCUAGGAGACUCGCGACUGUGCCCGAAGGUCGGGCCUACCCCGCCGUCAGUGCCUCCAGAGCCCUCGGCCUUGCCUCCCAGAGCUCCUCGCUGUGGACGUCAGGCCAGAAACCGUGACCCGGGGAGAGGAGGCCUCUCCCAUCUCCUGGACCAAGCCAUGGCCUGCUACCCCAGGAGGAGUCUGCCUGGGUCGAGCUUAGUUUUGCUUCACUGACGCCAGGCUGCUAGACAUAAAGUUAGUUUAAUCCCUACAUGCCUGUGGGGAAACUUUGCGUUGCACAAUACCUCCUUCUUCAAUGGUGGACUUGGGCUUUCCAGCAUACUGGAGCCCCAUCCUUCGUAUUUGGCCUUGAGAAUUUUUCCGAGGAGCCUAUCCUCUUUAGGAAGAAAUACCCUCGACAGCCAGCUCUGUACCAGAACCCCAGUCUCCUUCCUGGUGCCUGCUCCCGUGACCCUAGUAGUCUGGCAUGGGUGAAAAUCCAGUGCUGACCAGGCUUUUGGCUUUACUGUGAUGCCUGGAGAAGGAAAAAUGAAAAUGAACUUGGGGUCGACCUUGUAUGCUGUAGGAAAUGUCGUGACAUGAAAUGUUUUGACCUCUGCCAUCCAGGAACAGGAUGGGUGGGGAGCGGUGUUGUUUUUUCUGGGGUCAUUGUGUGUGUUCUACAGCGAUAAACAAGGAGCUGUCAGCACUGGGGUAUUGGCUAAUCAGGCUGGACUGUUUUGGCAUGUUGCCUGCAGUGCUGGGCUGUUGUGCAGUGGGGACGGACUCGUAUCUGAUGGGAAUUCAGUAGCUUUACGGCCCUUUCAACCACUGUUGGUCCGAUCCGGAGGAGAGAAUGGGCACACAGUGGCUUCCACUCCCCUCCCUGUCCUGGUGGGGGGUUGGAUAGGACUACAGAUCUCCAGCUUCAGAAGCCCCACACCUUUCGUAAAGCACAAACGUUGACUUAGUUCCAGCAAAUUUCCCUUUGUUUUGCUGGCAGAGCCACAUGGCGUGGAUGCUGAAUGCUUUGAGCCAUAUUUUCUAUUGACACGAAGACGCAACGGGUUCUGUCCGUGUUGCCGGGAGCCUUGACCACACAGGAGGAUCGUUGGUCUGCUCUCGGCUAACGUUUCUUGGCCUUUUCACACAGCAAUAAUGUUUCCCGUUCCCAUAAUGUAAUCCUCAAAUCCCCGGUUGCGUAACGAAGCUGGAAUUAAUAAUGCAUUCGCCACAUCUGCCUAACCACAGGGAAUGGGAUUAUGACGUAAAAGCUGCUGUCGUCUUCCCUUCUGCCAGCUAUUUUUAGUUCAGGUGGGGUGUGUGUGACUACGUUUAGUGGUAGAAUUCGCUCUUUCCCGGCACAAUCUUUUGCAGGAGAAAAGCUACUCCAAGCAGUGUGUAAAAUGCCGAAUUCUGCACACAGAUGCUUUCUGCCUUGCCAGCAGUAAUGUCUGCGGAACCCAAUCUGAGCCUUUCUGCACGUGGGGAGGCUGUGAAUUCAUGCUGUUUAAUCGAGCAGUCUCCUAUGACUCCAGUUUUCUCUAUCCCCCGUAAAGACUUUUGUUUUCAAAGGCUUUUCCUGGGGUUGUUGUAUUUUCUUCUGGAUUUUACACAUCUACUCAGAAGUCCUUUGUAAUAAGAAGGAACACCUUGCUUCCUUUCAAGGCACCCUUGUAGUGGUUGAGACUGCGAAAGCUACUUUAUUUUCCAUUACUUGUAUUACUGUAGAAUUUAUUGUAACACCACGGUCAUCCAAUGUAAGAGCGACAUUUCUUAGUUCCUUCUUACUCGCACUGCAGCUCUUGCACAGAUGAUGUGAAAUAACACUGACUACCUGUCUAGAAGAUUGUGUGGUAACAAACUAAUAGUGGCAUUUCAUAGCAUGAAAUAAACUGUAUUGUCUGCCAUGCCACCGUCUUAUUAGAAUCGCAGAUAAAUUAAUAUCAUUUUCUCUGCAAGUUUCUCUCAGAGCUGUAACCUGCGGAACUUCGAUACAAUUCAUAUUUGCCAAAAUGGAAUUAUGGCAGAACUUUUAGGAGUGGGUAGCUGGGAUUAAAAUGACUCCAUAUUGUGUGUUUGUUUUGUUUUUUAUGAUUCCUA